CAUGGUGUAGCAGCUAAGGCCCAUCACGAGACUAACGAGAGGAGACUUACUGUUAACUCCUGUCUACAUUCACUGAGGUUUCCUGGAGUGUGGAUCUGAUUCCCUUGUGUGAAUUGUCUAGGAGGAGAGCCAAAGCCCUGGACCUUACUCACAAUUGAGAAAAGCCUUGGACUUUACUAAAAACCGUGGACCAUACUAAGACAAAAACAUUGGACCUACUAAGACAAGAGCCUUGGACUUUACCAACAGAAGAGCCUUGGAUCUAGAAGAAGAGCCUUGGAUCUAGAAGAAGAGCCUUGGACUCAAGGCUUACUAAGACAAAACUUUGGAAAGCUUUGGACAGAAGAAGACGAUGAGUUUUGAGAGUGUUCCCUCCAGGUCAGAGGUGAUGGGGUGGAACGCACGUAGUCUAGCCGACUAUAUGAAGAGGCUGAGGCUGUCCAGCUGUGACAAAGUGGUGAUGAAGACCAGCAUGAACGGAGCACGCUUUCUGAAGAUGAAAGAUGGCGACCUUCAGAAGUUUCCCACCAUUCAUAUUCCAGUCAUCACUAAGAUCUGUAGAGAGAUCAACAGGAGUGAAGAGGAGAGGGGGUUCAGUCAGAGGACAGUAGAGAAACACUUCACAGCCAUGUUCCUCAUGUCUUCACCAGAUCAAGGGAACCUAAGAGCCAUCAACAAGGAUAUGAGUGAUAACGACUAUGAGAACCCUGACGAGGACGACAGUUAUAUCUGUGCCUUGUCUGACCGCCUGCCUGCAGAGGGAGAGGAGGAAGAGGAGAGUGAUGGUGACUAUGAGCCUCCUCCCUCAGCUACAGAGGAGAUCCCCCGCCUCCUCAAUCUCCCCAAGCCCCUAGGGAACAGUGACUAUAUAGAUUCUGUGCGUGGAGGUCCGUCAGUAACUCUUCCUAAUGGAAGGACUCCGAGACCACACCAGCGCCCUGGUCCUCAAGCCCUGGCCACCAGCCAUAACACACUGGCCAGACCUCCCACAUCCAGACUAGACCCCUCCCCUCAGAGGCCAUUCAAAGCUGCAGGCAAAUGCCCUUCUGUCCCCCUGGUCGACCGAAGCAAGAAGCCUGGACAUCCCGCUCCCACCAAGAAACAAGAUCAUCACAUAAACACCAAAACAACUCCUACAAGAGAGGGCAGUCCAUUCAGCUCUCCCCAGCCCGUCAUAAUGAAGCCACCUCAACUAAAGGGCCCAAAGCCACCAGACUAUAGAUCCAGCUCCAGUAAACCUCCUGAUCCUUCUUACCCACCUCCUUUAAUGGUCCCCAACACAAUGCCAGGCACAGGGAAGGGCAUUGAUCCUGAGUGGUAUGGAGGACUGGUGACCAGAGGCCAGGCUGAAGCAUCUCUCAGAUGGGUUAACAAGGAUGGAGCGUUUCUGGUGAGGGACAGUUCCAAGGGGUCUUCUGAGCAGCCUUACACCCUCAUGGUGCUGAACCAAGGCAAGGUCUACAACAUCCAGAUACGUCACCAUGGCAACACAUACCACCUGGGCACCGGCCUCAUGGGUAGCGAGAUGGUGAGGGGAUGA